AUGGAUCCAUACAACUUGAUCCAGGAGCAGUUGGCAACCAUCAACAACAACCUGAACAACUCUUUGGCCAAGAUCCACGACGAAGUGGUCACAUUGUCCAAAAGAGUCGAGUCCUUGGAAAACAAAACAAGAGACCAUGACAACGCUUUAGGUAACAAAAUAGAGGACAUUGAGCAGACUUUAUUGAUUCUCCCAAAGAUUUAUAACAAUCAAGUCAGUCUUAUUGAAACACAGUUGGUGGGUCAUCAGUAUCAAUUCAAAAGAAUAUCCAAUAUAAUCACCAAAGAUGCUGAAGCUGCUCCUUUUGCAAAUGUAAACAAUGCAACCAGUUCGGCAGGUUCAGGUAUUAGCUCAAAUAAUACCCAAGUCAAUAACAACCCCAAUUCAGCCAUUUUGAACCCAGUGAAUGGUGGAAUCAGCUCUCAAAAUAGAGUUAAUAGCCCAAUCCCAUUGAUCCCACCAAAUCGUAUCAACCAAGCUAAUCGUGUUAAUCAAACUCAGCCAAUCAAUAUUCCAUUAACUAGACAACCUUCUCAAGCAACAAAUUCUAUCCCAUCGAGAAGAUCAACCACCACUGCUACUAAUAGAAACUUUAUCAAUGUUCCAUUAGAUCACGAUCAUAAUUUGAACACAUUAUCAAAUUCUGUUAUUAAUCCUCAAAGAAGUCAAAGUACGGUUGGUGAUGAUGUUUUGUCAAAUGCAGGUAAUGAAGGUAAUGUUGGUGAUGAAGAUGAUGAGGACGAUGAUGGAUUAAUUGAUGAAAACAAUUUUCAUAAGCUUAAUCCAAAUCCAAAAUCUGUUCAAGAAGUUUUGGAUGAGUAUUAUUAUGGAUAUCAAGGUCAACCAUCUCUGAAAUAUUUAGAAGAAAGUCAAAAAAGAUGGAGAAAGGGCAAUAAAAACUUGUCAAAAACAUUUA